AUGGCGCGCUUUAUGAAAAGGUUCAAGAAGAAGCAGAGGCUUUCAACGGAAUAUCAUGACCGCUUUGGUGAUCCUGAUAUCAGUUACCCCAACGAGGGAUCUUGGAACCAGUGGAGCCAAACGUCAGGAUUCGUGGCCAAUGCUUCUAUAUCUACAGAGGCCCCUCAUCGCCUCCAGCCAGAUGAUCACCGACACUAUGGGCGACCCUCUGUUCCACCUCUACAGAACCAAGGCUGGAACGACUUCAAUCCCCAUCACAUCCACACUCACAACCCAACGGAAUCGAUACACGAUGGUUCCAACUUUCCAAAGGGAUAUUUUGAUGCAAGCAUUCGUCGUCGCCCUGAGAAAACCAUGAGGCCUCAAUUUCAAGGCCUGGGGAUCGAUAGUCCUCGGCACGAUAUGCGAGACGACAUCAGGGAGAGCGACGGAGACGACGACAGCAUCUGCGACCCAGCCGAGGAAUCUUGCGACGAAGAAGACGAGGAACGCGAUACUCUGGGUGACCCUCGAGAACUUAUUUGCCGUGGCUACACGACCGGAGAUAUUCCACGUGUGGGCCAGGAUGAAUGCGGCUCAUACGAUCGAGCAGCAAAAUCGCCGGCGCUGUCUAUCACUUCUCGCAUGCGGCGAGUCAGUAUACAAAGCUCAACCACUCAAGCGUCCUCUGUUGCGGGUAGUUCUAGAAGGACUAGUUACACUGCGGCUUCUUCUAUCUCUGCACCUUCUCUUCCCGAUACUCCCCGAUUUGCCUCCCAUACCAUGCAUCCUGCACAUGCAGAGAAGCGACCGCCAGUCCCUCGUCCGAAGGCCCGGGACCCUGAGCCAACUCCUACUCAGCCUGAGUUGGUACCAUCCUACGAUGAGCUUUAUGGAUGA